GACUGAAACCAUUCCACCUGGAAUAAACAACAUUAUGGGACUGAAACCAUUCCACCUGGAAUAAACAACAUUAUGAGACUGAAACCAUUCCACCUGGAAUAAACAACAUUAUGGGACUGAAACCACCUGGAAUAAACAGCAUUAUGGGACUGAAACCACCUGGAAUAAACAACAUUAUGGGACUGAAACCAUUCCACCUGGAAUAAACAACAUUAUGACACUGAAACUACUCCACCUGGAAUAAACAACAUUAUGGGACUGAAACCAUUCCACCUGGAAUAAACAACAUUAUGAGACUGAAACCACUCCACCUGGAAUAAACAACAUUAUGGGACUGAAACCAUUCCACCUGGAAUAAACAACAUUAUUCCACCAUUUUAUUAUUUAACUAUGCAAGUCAGUUAAGAGCAAAUCCAUAUUUACUUCUGAGAUGUUUGACAGUUCAAAACGAUUUUCCUAGUCUGAGCAUUUUUUUCUGAGUUCCCAGUUGUCUUGAACGGACCGAAGUCUGAAGUCUGAGAUUUCCGAGUUCCCAGUUGUUUUGAACGUGGCAUAAGAUGGUUAAAAUCAUAGUCUAUGCAUUGUCUCCUCUGCCCAGAUGCUGGUUCAAUGUGUAGCUAGCUAAACUUACUAUUUUUGCCAAAGUGCUGUUUUCGGCAAGAACACUUUAAUUCAAAGAUGGUGGAUAAAUAAGAUGAUUUACUCAGGCCGUUUACCACUGAACAAAAAUUGUCAAGGUUCCUGUCUGUAUAGGUGGGCAUUUCCUCUCUCAUGUUGAGCAUGCUUUCUGUUCCUCCACGAUAUCUGGCUUCCAGCUGGCUCUGGUCUACUUAUUGAGGGAGUUAUUUUACUCUCAGUUAUUGGGGCAAAGCGGGGAAGGGGAGAUGAGCUCCCUUCACAAAUCAAACAGUAAUCUAAGAACUCGUUUUCAUUGGGAAGGCAGAUAAAGCGUUUUUAUCAAAAGCAAUCACAUGUGAAUACACCGAAUCCUACUAAUUACUACACAAUUAAUGUUACAUUUGUUUUGAACCGACUUCGCCGUCUGACAGAGCAGGGCACCUUCGUCACACCAGGGAGGCAGUCUGAUUCCUAAUGCAAUCAACUUUAAACUGGUGCAAAACAUGCUUUAACGGGCGGCGAGAAUGAUCGAAUCGUGUCCUCCCACCCGCCCGACCAAAUAAAAUGAGGGAGUGGGGAUCUCGCUUUCUCUGCGGUCUUUGUUUCGUUUCCCUGGCAACAAAUAGCAGGCUAGCUAGCUAGCAGACGUUAUCAACUGAUUGUUUUUAGCCGUCUUGGUCCGAUCCAGACGGAUCUGUCAAACACUCAGCUGGAGCUAACUAGUCAUGGCAGGCAACGACAUGUGCACAUUGGUUCACCUUAUCGAAAUAAAACCAAGAUAGAAAUACAAGGUUUUUAUUUUAGGAGUAACGUUAGAUUUGUAAAGUGAUGGUAGUUAUUUUAGAAGUGUUUUAUUUUAGUAGUAAUGUUAUAUUUGUAAUGUGAUGGUAGUUAUUUUAAAAGUGUUUUAUUUUAGUAGUAGCGUUAGAAUUGUAAUGUGAUGGUAGUUAUUUUAAAAGUGUUUUAUUUUAGUAGUAGCGUUAGAUUUGUAAUGUGAUGGUAGUUAUUUUAAAAGUGUUUUAUUUUAGUAGUAGCGUUAGAUUUGUAAUGUGAUGGUAGUUAUUUUAGAAGUGUUUUAUUUUAGUAGUAAUGUUAUAUUUGUAAUGUGAUGGUAGUUAUUAUAGAAGUGUUUUAUUUUAGUAGUAAUGUUAUAUUUGUAAUGUAAUGGUAGUUCAUUUAAAAGUGUUUUAUUUUAGUAGUAGCGUUAGAUUUGUAAUGUAAUGGUAGUUCAUUUAAAAGUGUUUUAUUUUAGUAGUAGCUUAGAUUUAUAACCCGGAGUGGAGGCGGGUCAGGUUUACAAGCGCACACACUCUGGGGCGGAGUUGUGUACACCGUCGGCGCUGAGUCUGUUAUUUCCCAGUGUACGUGAUGAACGCAGAGGAGACGGACAGCAACGCAUUCAGUUCAACGUUCGUCAUGAUUCCAACGCUUGAGACAUUGCCGUCAUGGCAACACCAAUGAAUUCUUUUGAGUAAUUUGACCGCAAAUCAAAGCAAAAAUGAAAUUGCUUGUUUUUCUUGCUUUGAUUCAUUUUCCAUUUACCCGAGGUGUGAGGGAUAUACCGAGACUAAUCUUGAGACAAGACAAACUAGGAGACAAGCUGGAUUAUAACAUUACUCAGAACCACACCGUCUUCUUCCACCCAGAAGAUGGUGACGAGAUGUAUGUUGGAGGCACAGACUUUGUCUUUCAGAUUGAUGUGGAGUACCGUCGAAUCCUAGAGUUCUUCCCACUCGGCACGACAGGCGGACAGACCUGUGGAGAGGGUCCGUGUAAGAAUGUCAUCACUGUUAUCCAGAAGUUUCAGGACAGUCUGUUUGUCUGUGGGACCAAUGGGAACAAGCCCCAGUGCUGGAAGCUGUAUUCUCAGAUGCCCAAUCACACACUUGACAUAGUCGAGAGUUACAAAGGCACUGGACUCUCUCCUUUCGUUUACUCCCAGAAUGCACUCUCCCUCACUGUAGAGGGGGACCUAUAUGCUGCGGCUCCUUUAUACAGCGACGGGAGCUCACUACAGUUCAGAAGGAAAGCUGGCAGCAGAACCAAUGUAUGGAUGUAUGACAAGUGGGUGACCGAGCCCACGUUCAUCUCCACGUGCUGGGUGAGACGUAAGGAGGAGCCGGACAAUGAGAAGAUAUAUGUCUUCUUCAGGGAGAAGAACUCUGACAGCAACCCUGAAGCUGAUCACUGGAUCUCUAGAGUAGCACAAGUCUGUAAGGUGGAUGAAGGCGGUUCUAAGCGGUUCUUGCAGAACAUGUGGACGUCGUUCCUGAAGGCUCGGCUGGUGUGUGGGAUUCCCGACGAGUCGCUCUACUUUAACCGUCUCCAAGAUGUCUACGUGCUCCACGCGGAGGAAUGGAGGGACUCACGAGUCUAUGCUCUGUUCACUAGCAGCUGGAAUGGCACAGCUGUCUGCGUCUACUCCAUGGAAGAGAUCGACAGGAUAUUCCAGAACUCUCUCUUCAAGGGGUACAGUGAAGACAUUCCCAAACCGAGACCUGGAACAUGUGUCUCCAAUAGUAAAGCCCUGCCAUUGGCUACGGUGAACGUGAUAAAGGAUCACCCAGAGAUGAGAGACUGGAUUCAUCCCAUCCAGUCCUACACCCCAUUCUACAUCUCUAACUAUAACUACACCAAGAUAGUUGUGGACAGAGUACAGGCGUCAGACGACACCAUGCAUAACGUCCUGCUGCUAGCAACUGACACUGGAAAGAUUCAUAAGAUCUUAAAUGAUCGUUUUAAACCUUUCAUCAUCUCAGAGACUCAUCUCUCCAACCGCUCUGAUGUCAUCAGAUCCAUGAAACUGGACUCUAGAAAGAGGAAGCUGGUGGUAGGUUUGUCAGAGCAGAUCUCCAUUCUGGACCUCCAGAGGUGUCAGGACUAUAACGGAUCCUGUGCUGAGUGUGUUCUGGCCAGAGAUCCGUACUGCGCCUGGACAGAGGCUGGGUGCAAACCCACCGUCCCGGGAGGCAUUCAAAAUAUUGAUGGAGGACAAACUAAUGUGUGCCUUAAAACAGCAGAAGUUAAAAUACCAGAAGAACCAAAGAAACCCACCAGCAACAGGACCAGACGUGACACCCAGCCCUCCUCGUCCCCGAACGCCCUCGGUGCCUCGGUCCACUCUGUGCCCCUGGGCGUCCCCUUCUAUCUGUCCUGUCCCAUAGACUCCUACCACGCCCACUACAGCUGGGAACACCUGGGCAAGACACGCCCCUGUCUGCGGCUGCAGGCCAGCUGUCUCCAUCUCAUCCCCUCCAUGCAGGCAGAGCACUAUGGGGACUACCAGUGUGUCUCCAAGGAGAGAGACUACACCAGGGUGGUACGGGUGGUCCGAGCUACACAGCUGCUAAGUGACCCAAGCAAAAUAAGCAGGCCUGCCAGACCGGUGAGACCCAUCAAUACUAACGUAGAGGACUCUGAGAGCAACGGAGCAACAGCAGUUAUGGCGAUGCAAGCGGGAUGGUUCGUGACCUUUGCAGCUUUGGAUAUUGUCGUGCAACUUCUGCAAUAAAAUUAAUGUCCACAUGGAUUUCAUCGUGAUAUGACACUGUACAUCUGCGCUCUAUAACGGAUCCACAGAGCAUUCAGAAAGUAUUCAGACCCCUUGACUUUUUCCACAUUUUGUUACAUUACAGCCUUAUUCUAAAAUUGAUUAAAUAAAAAUCCUCAUCAAUCUACACACAAUAACCCAUAAUGACAUCACAAUAACCCAUAAUGACAAAGCAAAAACAGGUUUCUAAAAAUGUUUUGCUAAUUUAAAAAAAAUCAGAAAUACCUUAUUUACGUAAGUAUUCAGAGCCUUUGCUAUGAGACUCGAAAUGGAUUUCAGAUGCAUCCUGUUUCCAUUGAUCAUCCUUGAGAUGUUUCUACAACUUGAUUGGAGUCCACCUGUGGUAAGUUCAAUUGAUUGGACAUGAUUUGGAAAGGCACACACCUGUCUAUAUAAGGUCCCACAGUUGACAGUGGAUGUCAGAGCAAAAACCAAGCCAUGAGGUCGAAGGAAUUGUCCGUAGAGCUCUGAGACAGGAUUGUGUCGAGAUACAGUUCUGGGGAAGGGUACCAAAACAUUUCUGCAGCAUUGAAGGUCCCCAGAACACAGUGGCCUCCAUCAGUCAUAAAUGGAAGAAGUUUGGAACCACCAAGACUUGUCCUAGAGCUGGCCGCCUUGCCAAACUGAGCAAUUGGGGGAGAAGGGCCUUGGUCUGGAAGGUGACCAAGAACCCGAUGGUCACUCUGACAGAGCUCCAGAGAGAACCUUCCAGAAGGACAACCAUCUCUGCAGCACUCCACCAAUCAGGCCUUUAUGGUAGAGAGGCCAGACGGAAGCCACUCCUCAGUAAAAGACACAUGACAGCCCACUUGGAGUUUGCCAAAAGGCACCUAAAGGACUCUCAGACUAUGAGAAACAAUAUUGAACUUGAAACAAUCACGCCUGAAGGAAACCUGGCACCAUCCCCACGGUGAAGCCUGGUGGUGGCAUCAUCAUGCUGUGGGAAUGUUUUUCAGCGGCAGGAACUGGGAGACUAGUCAGGAUCAAGGGAAGAUGAACAGAGCAAAGUACAGAGAGAUCCUUGAUGAAACCCUGCUCCAGAGCACUCAGGACCUCAGACUGGGGUGAAGGUUCACCUUCCAACAGGACAGCGACCCUAAGCACACAGCCAAGACAACGCAGGAGUGGCUUCGGGACAAGUCUCUGAAUGUCCAGCCAGAGCCCAGACUUGAACCUGAUCGAACAUCUCUGGAGAGACCUGAAAAUAUCUGUGCAGCAACGCUCCCCAUCCAACCUGACAGAGCUUGAGAGGAUCUGCAGAGAAGAAUGGGAGAAACUCCCCAAAUACAGGUGUACCAAGCUGGUAGCGCCAUAGCCAAGACGACUCGAGGCUGUAAUCGCUGCCAAAGGUGCUUCAACCAAGGUCUGAAUACUUAUGUAAAUGUAAUAUUUCCGGGUUUUUUAUUUCUUUGCAAACAUUUCUAAAAACCUGUUGUUGCUUUGUCAUUAUGGGGUUUUGUGUGUAGUCUGCUGAGUAAAAAAAACUAUUUUAUACAUUUCAGAAUCAGGCUGUAAUGUAAAAAAAAAAGAGGAAAAAGUCAAGGGGUCUGAAUUCUUUCCGAAGGCACUGUAUAAGGUCACGCUCAUUAGGGCACACCGUAACAAAACAUUUAAAAACCCUCCUUGUUUCAGUCAGUUUCCUUCGUGUUUCCUUCUGUACUGAUUGAACACGACCCCUGUUGAGUUGGACCCAGAUCAGAAAGCUCCUUUUUAAGGGGCGUGUUAGGUAGCAGGAGCCAGAGCACUUUAUUUACCGCUAUGUUAGAUAGCAGCAGGACUCUUGGUGAAAGGAAUUGUGUUGCGUAGAAGAAAAUCCCUCCAAAAAUAACCACAUGCUUGCUGAUCCAGGGCAGAAGGCUCAGGAUUAGAGCAGUUAAGGACAGUUAGAUUGUUCGUCACUUGGGAGGUAAACAGUUGGCUAAAGAGGCUCUGUCAUACAGACUCCCGUUGCAUUAGAAAGGUCCAGCAGUACUGACUCUGUCACAGCCGCUGUGUGUUUGUUGACGCCUUACCCACUGAGACUUGGCAAUGACCUUCAGCACUGCUUAGCUCCACCAGUUCGUUUGAGGUCUCCUGGUACGUGACAAUGGCAUGCAACAGCUUGGUCUAGAAUCAGAAACACGCCCUCUGAAAACAGUCGAGAUAUUAUCAGAGGAAAGGGUGUGGUGGUCUCUAGGGCCAAACAACAGAGAAUAGUUAACACUAACCAUUUUCCUGAGAAAUAUUCCUGAGAAAUGGACUCUUCUGGACUAACUCGUCCUGGACUGGACACUCUUCACAAUAUCAACACUUAGCAGUGUCCUCCUCCUCCUCCUCCUCCUCCUCCUCCUCCUCCUCCUCCUCCUCCUCCUCCUCCUCUCGGUGUCAUUGAAUUAUGAGGCUGAACACACUCACAGAAGGAUGGAGUAGGACUGAAUAAGGACAAGUGGAUCUGUAUCAAUGGAGGAAGGGGAGGACCUUCCUCCUCAGUGGAGGAAGGGGAGGACCAUCCUCCUCAGUGGAGGUCGGGGAGGACCAUCCUCCUCAGUGGAGGAAGGGGAGGACCAUCCUCCUCAGUAGAGGAAGGGGAGGAUCAUCCUCCUCAGUAGAGGAAGGGGAGGUCCAUCCUCCUCAUUGGAGGAAGGAGAGGACCAUCCUCCUCAGUGGAGGAAGGGGAGGACCUUCCUCCUCAGUGGAGGAAGGGGAGGACCUUCCUCCUCAGUGGAGGAAGGGGAGGACCAUCCUCCUCAGUGGAGGUCGGGGAGGACCAUCCUCCUCAGUGGAGGAAGGGGAGGACCAUCCUCCUCAGUAGAGGAAGGGGAGGAUCAUCCUCCUCAGUAGAGGAAGGGGAGGUCCAUCCUCCUCAUUGGAGGAAGGGGAGGACCAUCCUCCUCAGUGGAGGAAGGGGAGGUCCAUCCUCCUCAGUGGAGGAAGGGGAGGUCCAUCCUCCUCAGUGGAGGAAGGGGAGGACCAUCCUCCUCAGUAGAGGAAGGGGAGGAUCAUCCUCCUCAGUGGAGGAAGGGGAGGACCAUCCUCCUCAGUGGAGGAAGGGGAGGACCAUCCUCCUCAGUGGAGGAAGGGGAGGACCAUCCUCCUCAGUGGAGGAAGGGGAGGACCAUCCUCCUCAGUGGAGGAAGGGGAGGACCAUCCUCCUCAGUGGAGGAAGGGGAGGACCAUCCUCCUCAGUGGAGGAAGGGGAGGACCAUCCUCCUCAGUGGAGGAAGGGGAGGACCAUCCUCCUCAGUGGAGGAGAGGAGGACCAUCCUCCUCAGUGGAGGAAGAGGAGGACCAUCCUCAGCCACCAUACAGACUUGUUUAGACCAGUGAGCAACAUAAUUUGUAUUUAUUAAAAAAUAUAUAUAUUUCACCUUUAUUUAACCAGGUAGGCUAGUUGAGAACCAGUUCUCAUUUACAACUGCGACCUUGCCAAGAUAAAGCAAAGCAGUGCGACAAAAACAACAACACAGAGUUACACAAACAGGCAUACAGUCAAUAAUACAGUAGAAAAAUCUAUAUACAGUGUGUGCAAAUGAAGUAAGAUUAGGGAGGUAAGGCAAUAAAUAGGGCCAUAGUGGCGAAAUAAUUACAAUUUAGUAAAUUAACACUGGAGUGAUAGAUGUGCAGAAGAUGAAUGUGCAAGUAGAGAUACUGGGGUGCAAAGGAGCAAGAUAAAUAAAUACAGUGUGGGGAUGAGGUAGUUGGAUGGGCUAUUUACAGAUAGGCUAUGUACAGGUGCAGUAAUCUAUGAGCUGCUCUGACAGCUGGUGGUUAAAGCAAGUGAGGGAGAUAAGUGUUUCCAGCUUCAGAGAUUUUUGCAGUUCGUUCCAGUCAUUGGCAGCAGAGAACUGGAAGGAGAGGCGUCCAAAGGAAGAAUUGGUUUUGGGGGUGAUCAGUGAGAUAUACCUGCUGGAGCGCGUACUACAGGUGGGUGCUGCUAUGGUGACCAGUGAGCUGAGAUAAGGCAGGGCUUUACCUAGCAUGGACUUAUAGAUGACCUGGAGCCAAUGGGUUUGGCGACGAGUAUGAAGCGAGGGCCAGCCAACGAGAGCAUACAGGUCGCAGUGGUGGGUAGUAUAUGGGGCUUUGGUGACAAAACGGAUGGCACUGUGAUAGACUGCAUCCAGUUUGCUGAGUAGAGUGUUGGAGGCUAUUUUAUAAAUGACAUCACCGAAGUCAAGGAUGGGUAGGAUGGUCAGUUUUACGAGGGUAUGUUUGGCAGCAUGAGUGAAGGAGGUCUUGUUAAGAAAUAGGAAGCCGAUUCUAGAUUUAACUUUGGAUUGGAGAUGCUUAAUGUGAGUCUGGAAGGAGAGUUUACAGUCUAACCAGACACCUAGGUAUUUAUAGUUAUUCUGUCAUUAUCUCAAACUGUAUAUUGUUUGUUGUAUUUAUUUAUAUAGUAAUUAAUAUAUAUUAUAUUUAUAGGGGACAAUGCGCAUUAAUCAACAUCAAUAUUACAAUAAUGCAACAUCCAUGUAAAUGUGCCGGGUGUUAGCCGAAAGCUAAUUAGCACACCGUAGUCCCAAGGACAAUUACACAGCCACUAUACACAUACUCACUAAAACAAUACAAAAUACCAAAUACAUUACAUCCAGUAAUAUAUAAUAUAUCUUUCUAACGACAACAACAACAUUGUCAUCAACUGUCGUCUUACAUAUGAGGAACCACAGAUAACUCUGAACAGGGUUGGAUAGAUUUCAGAUUUCAGGGGUGAAGGGGCAACACCAUGCAGGAUCCUAAUGACAAGGCUUACAUCUACAUACUGCUAAAAGCUGUCCAGACUAAAUAAAUAAUGUUUGUAAAUGACAA